AAGUUUCAUUUUAUUAUAUGGUUGACGCUAUCUUUGAAUUUUAAUACUAAGUAAAUUGUAAUCUACAUAUAUACAAUACAAAUUAAUUUAGUAUGGAAUUAUCAAAAAUGAAUUCUAAAGAAAAUAAUAGAAAUUUAUGGAAAGAUGUUUAUUAUGAUGAAUAUCAGUAUCAUGUUACAAUUUCUACUAUUGGUUCAACUACUGAAUCAGCAGAAGAGAUAGAUGAUAAAAUAGUUUAUAUGGAAGAUUUAGAAAAAAGAAAACAAGUAUAUGGAAUAUGUGGAGAAUGUAAUGAACCUGGUACAGGACAAUAUUGGUGUCAAUCUUGUAAUGCUAAAAGAUUUAAGGAUAACUUUAAAAAUUGGACUAGUGGAAAUAAAGAUAUUGAUGAAUUUAUACAACAAUCACAACUUAAUGCUGUUCAUUAUAAAAAAUAUAUUGAAUGGAUACC